GACACAGAAACACGGCGUAUAAAAGCGGCGCGCGCGCCCAACGCUGGACCGAACAGCGCAGGAUGGGGAGCGCGGCACACUCCUUGCUGGCGCUGCUAGCGCUGCUGCUCGCGGCGGCCGCCCAAGCAGUCGACGUGCGGGACCUAGCAGAUGAUCACGAACCACGAGAAACAGUUGAACGACUAGGUCCGGUUACGACGUUGCAUCCUCAAUCACCUGUUCCAGCAGUAAUCUAUGUCUCUCAUCGAAAACUGUUACAGCCUCAGGACUGGCAUGAUAUUCAUAAAUAUCAAGAAGAAUCGUACACACCGAUGAAUAAUGAUUGGGAAAAAAUUGAUGAAUAUGAUGGCACAUUACGUGACCAUAAUCUAGAAGAGCAUUCUCCAGGAUUCCUGUUAUUCCUCCAAAUACUCAACUCACAGGGAGUCCAAAAAGUAAACAAGUAUUUGCAUAGCAAAGAAAUAUUCCCCACUCCUGGAAAGGCAAACAGGCUGCGAAGAAGCCCUACUUCUCAUGGCAGUGUUGGUGGGUCUAGUUCCUUCAGCCAGUCUAGUUCGAGUUCCGGCUCAGGUGGAGACUUUCUGUUUGGAGCUCCUUCUGGCAGUUAUUCUUCCAGCAGCUCUUCCUCUGGAAGUUUUGGCUCUGGGAGCCUUUCUCAGAGCUCAUCAUCAUCAAAAAGUGGUGCUGGCUUGGGAAUAUUUGAUGGGUUAGGAGGUUUCGGAGGUUAUGGUGGUGGGGCUGGAGGACUGGGAGGAACUGGAACUUUGGGUGGUUUUGGAGGUAGUUCUGGUGGAGGUGGGUUAGGAGGUGGUACUGGUUUAAGUGGUACUGGAGGUGGCUAUGGAGGAAUAGGAGGCUUUGGAAGUGGUACAGGUGGAAAGCUAGGGGGAAGUAGUAGUUCUUCUCAGAGUAGCUCAGCUGCAGGAGGAGUGGGGGGUGGUUCUGGAAAAUAUACCAGUGGUACAAUUGGUCUUGGUGGAAAUAAGGGCAUAGGAAGUUCAGGUGGUGGUUUUGGAGGUGCAGGUGGACAAUCUCUUGGUGGAGGGAAGGUUGCUUUUGGAAGUGGUCAUAGUGGAUCAGGUGGUUUCGGAGGUAGUUCUGGUGGAGCAGGUGGAUUCGGAGGUAGUUCUGGUGGAGCAGGUGGCUUUGGUGCUCAUUCAGGAGGUUCAGGCGGAUUCGGAGGGGGACCUGGUGGAAAAGGUGGUUUUGGAGGUGGUUCUGGGGGAGCAGGUGGUUUUGGAAGUUCAUCUGGAGGAACUGGUGGAUUCGGAAGUGGAACAGGAGGAAUAGGUGGUUUUGGAGGUGGUUCUGGAGGAGCAGGUGGCUUUGGAAGUUCAUCUGGAGGAUCUGGUGGAUUCGGAGGUGGACCAGGAGGAAAAGGUGGUUUCGGAGGUAGUUAUGGAGGAGCAGGUGGAGGGUCUGGUGGUUUCGGAGGGGGGGCAGGAGGAAUAGGUGGUUUUGGAGGUGGUUCUGGAGGAGCAGGUGGCUUUGGAAGUUCAUCUGGAGGAUCUGGUGGAUUCGGAGGUGGACCAGGAGGAAAAGGAGGUUUUGGAGGUGGUACUGGAGGAGCAGGUGGAGGAUAUGGUGGAUUUGGAGGUGGACCAGGAGGAAAAGGGGGUUUCGGAGGUAGUUCUGGAGGAGCAGGUGGAGGGUCUGGUGGUUUCGGAGGGGGGGCAGGAGGAAUAGGUGGUUUUGGAGGUAGUUCUGGAGGAGCAGGUGGCUUUGGAAGUUCAUCUGGAGGAUCUGGUGGAUUCGGAGGUGGACCAGGAGGAAAAGGUGGUUUUGGAGGUGGUUCUGGGGGAGCAGGUGGUUUUGGAGGUGGUUCUGGGGGAGCAGGUAGUUUUGGAGGUUCAUCUGGAGGAUCAGGGGGAUUUGGUGGUAGUUCCGGUGGAGUAGGAGGUUUCAAGGGACCCUCUGGGGGCGCAGGUGCAUUUGGAAGUAGUUCUGCAGGAUCAGGUGGGUUCGGCGGAGGAUCUGGAGGAGCAGGAGGCUUCGGGGGUCAUUCUGGAGGAUCAGGUGGAUUCGGAGGUGGAUCGGAUGGAACAGGUGGUUUUGGAGGUAGUUCUAAAGGAACAGGUAGUUUUGGGGGUUCAUCUGGAGGAUCAAGUAGCUUCAGUGGAUCAAGUGGAUCUGGAGUUUUAGGAGGAUUCGGGGGUGGUUCAGGAGGAGCAGGUGGAUUGGGGGGUCAUUCUGGAGGAGCAGGUGGAUUAGCGGGUCAUUCUGGAGGAGCAGGGGGAUUCGGAGGUGGUUCUGGAGGCAUAGGGGGGCUCGGAGGACACUCUGGAGGAGCCGGUGGAUUCGGAGGUGGAUCUGGAGGAUCAGGUGGAUUCGGAGGAGGUUCUGGAGGAACAGGUGGUUUUGGGGGUCCUUCUGGAGGAGCCUAUGGCUUAGGAGGAUUGUCGGGAGGGAAAGGUGGUAUUGGUGGAGGUCUUUCUGGUGGCAAACUUGGUGUAAGUGGUAGUUCAUCACAAAGUAGUUCAUCUUCUGGGGCUGGUGCUGCAGGGUCAGGUGCUAACUCUGCUAAUGGUGGAUAUGGAGCAACUGGUGGUACUGGAGGAAUAGUUGGACAUGGUGGAGGUACUGGAGGUGGGAACAUUGGAUCUGGUGGUUUCGGAGCUGGCCCUCAUGGUGGAAUAUCUGGAAUAACAGGAGGUUUGGGAGGAGCAGGUGGACAUGGGGUUGGAGGAACCAGUGGAAAAUAUGGUCUAGGAGGCAGCAGUAGUUCAUCGCAGAGUGGAUCAUCCGCUGGAGGUGGGGCAGGUGGCUUUGGUGGAGGUGGUAAAGGAGGUUUUGGUGGCUUUGGAGGGGGAUCUGGAGGUUCAGGUGGAUUUAAACAAAGUGGUGGAGGAAUUCCUGGUUCUGGUUUUGACAAUGCUGGAUCACUUGGUUUUGGUGGAAAUGGGGGAGGUUUCGGAGGUGGAAAAUCAUCUUCAGGAGCCCAAAGUAGCAGCUCAUCAAACUCUGGAGGUAGUGGAUUCGGUGGCAACUAUGGUGCAUUAGGAGGAUUUGGUUAUAAUAGUGGUGCUGGAGGCCUCCAAAAUCAUGGUGGUGCUGGUGGUUUAGGAAGCUCCACAAGUGGAAGCCAUUCGCAGAGUUCAUCUUCUAGUUCAAGCAAAAGUGGAUCUGGCGGAGGAUUUGGAGGAGACUUUGGUGGAGGAUUCGCAGGACAUGGAGGGUACGACGCCAGCAACGUGCUGCUGGAGUCGCGGUUCGGAGGCGGACUGGACGGCCCGGCGGUGAUCGGCGGCAGCGGCACCUCCACGGGCAAGGGAGUGUUCUCGUCGUCCAGCUCGGCCAUCGACAGCUCCGGCAAGGUGGCGUACAGCACGUACGCCGGCCGCACGCCCUGAACGUCUCACCGGGGCUGUGUCCUGUCUCUCCGGCUGUCGAUACCGACAACAACUCAAUAAACAUGUGUCCGUGAAA